GCAAAAAACCUCGGGAUUUGAGUAUAAAAUUCGAUUGGACAAAAAAAUUAACAACGACGAUUUAUUAUGGAAAUCAUCAGAGAAUGGAGCUGAAAUUGUGGUGGAUGAGCUCUCCCUUGGCUUUCUCAAAGGCGCCACCGUGGAUUUCGUGGAAGAUUUAAUGAAAUCUUCAUUUCGAAUUGUCAAUAAUCCGAUUGCCGAAAAAGGAUGCUCUUGUGGAUCAAGUUUUGCGCCGAAAAUGGAUUAA